CAGGAUUCUGCAUAUGCGCUGAGACGAAUUUGUUUAACCUUAGAGUCAGGAAUAAUAUUUCUUCGUUACUAGGGCUGAAAGCAAAUAGAAGCCAGUUGUAUUGUAGUCUGCUCUUCUGCCGACGGGGAGAUGAUCCAUAAACUUCAUUUGCUGCUGCUGUUGUUUUUAUGGUUGGCAUGUUCCAUCCAUUCGGGAGUCUUAGGAUGUUCAGAGUGCACUGAUGUUGAGACAAAUGGCUUUGUGUGCGAUGGAAAAACGGUCAACUUGUGUCAGACUGAUCACUCGAAGUCGUGGAAAGUUGCCGUUAUCACUCAAGACACCAUGGAUUUGUAUUCAUGUGACGGCCUGGAGGCUGGAGACAAACUCUUACUAUUUGUUAGCAAAGGAAGACUGAUCAAUUAUGGCAAGUAUGAAGUGGUCACAGCACAAGACGUCACACCAAUAGAUGGAGACGAAAAAUCACAAUGCCGAGUUGUCUUUGACAAACCCAUUACGAUGGAUCUUGAAAAGGACCAUCUAACAUGUUUGAUCGCUCAAAGGCUUCCAUCAUUUGACAAAGUAUCUUUACGUAACAAAUGUGUCCUGACAUUGUGCGAUGGAAAAACGGUCAACUUGUGUCAGACUGAUCAUUCGAAGUCGUGGAAAGUUGCCGUUAUCACUGAAGAAACCAUGGAUUUGUAUUCAUGUGACGGCCUGGAGGCUGGAGACAAACUCUUACUAUUUGUUAGCAAAGGAAGACUGAUCAAUUAUGGGAAAUAUGAAGUGGUCACAGCACAAGACGUCACACCGAUAGCUGGAGACGAAAAAUCACAAUGCCGAGUUGUUUUUGACAAACCCAUUACGAUGAAUCUUGAAAAGGACCACCUAACAUGUUUGAUCGCUCAAAGGCUUCCCUCAUUUGACAAAGUAUCUUUACGUAACAAAUGUGUCCUGACAUGUGAUGAACAGAAAGAUGGCCUUGGAGGAAUUCUGGCCUUUGAGGCUGACAACCUGGUGAUCGAUAGUACUUCCAAAAUAGAUAUGACUGGAAAAGGUACGAGCAUUUUAGAACUUCUCACACCUCUGUUUAUGUCUCAGGUUGAAACAGGAAUUAUAUUGAUUGAUUUUCAGUUUGAUCUUGAACGGCGAGUGCGGUAUACUGUUGGUGGUCUACAGUUGAGAAAGGGAGGAUCAGCUGGAAACAUUGGUAUCCAUGCUGGGGGUGGGGGUCAGUCGUCUUGCCCAGGAGGACAUGGUGGCAAUGGAGGAAGUGCGGGGAAAUGGCCUCCUAAUCAGGCUCCCCACUGCUACGACAAGUCAGCAUCAGGUGGUAACGCAGGCUCAUCUAGCUCUGGAGGUGGAGGAGGUGAUUCUUGUGGCAAUCAUUACGGUGGAGGUGGUGGAGGAGGCGGACUCCAGUUUGGCCAUACCAACUUCACGACUCACCUGAGCUACGGAGGGGGAGGUGGAGGGGGAGGAGCAAGUGCGUUCAGUGAUGACCCCAACUCUGGAGGAAAAGGAGGAAGUGGAGGAGGGCUGGUGUAUUUACAGGUUGGGAAACUGGAACUACGAGGGACCAUCAGUGUAAAAGGAAACUCUGGACAAUGUCUCAAUCAGAAAGGUCACAGAUCAGCCCCUGGGGGAAGUGGCGCUGGGGGCAGUGUUGUCAUCUUUACCAAGAAACUCAUCGGAGAUCCGAAGAGUAAAAUUUCCGUUUCCGGAGGGGAUCCUGUAAAAUGUGCUUUUGGAACUGGUGGUGGUGGUGGUGGUGGUAUCGGACGCUGGGUUGUACAGGAAGGUCAAUCCACCCAUCACAGCUAAAUCCGUCAUGGACCUUAAAAAGACUAAGCCGAAACAAGUGAAGAGUACCGCUAAGAAGUUCCUUGCUUUAGAUGAAUUGUUCUCUGCUGUAUAAGCGUAGUGUAUCGGAAUUAAAUAAGCUGUAGUUGAAGUAACAAAUAAAAUUAGUUGAAUCUA